AUGCAGUUCCUCAGCAUCCUGGCUCUCCUCGUCGUUUCCGCCACCGCUGCCCCGGUCGCGACUCCGCUUAAUGUGAACCCAAUCCCGACCCUGGCCUUCACCCCCAUCACCACUCCGAUUGCGACUCCGACUGCGACCCCAACCGCGACGCCGGACACUUUCAGCCCGAAUGCGAUGGCAUCGGACUGCAUCACCAGCUGCGAUCAGUGCAACUCUUACUGCGCAUCCUUUGACGCGACCUUCCACGGCACCUGCAACCCUUCUUCUAGGCAGGAGGGCUGCUUCGCUUGCGCCUGCUUGAUUUGA